AUGGAGCAUCAUUCAGCGGCAUUGGCUCAGAUCCGACCGGACCUGCUUAAAAGGAGAGUACCUCCAGGCUUGCGCAAGAGAGCUGAAAUCAGCUGUGACAACUGCAAAGCGCGCAAGCAGAAAUGCCGUCGCUCAUCGGCCGACCAAAGCUGCAACUACUGCCGCGGACUGGGCGUGACAUGCGCGGCGACCAAGCUUCGCAAGCCCCGAACCGGGCGGACUGGGACUGGGACCACAACCCGAGACAACAUGCGCGUCGCGGUGCUCGAGAGCCUGGUGCAAGGGCUGAUACCGGAGGCGGACCUGGCCGACCUAACGUCGAUGAGAGACCUAGGAUGUUCGCUGGGCAUCCCGAUGCCUAUGCCCAUGGCGAACGACGGGAGUUCGACAGCAAGCGAGUCCCAGUCAGGUCUGCCGGACCUCAGAGAGCGGCUGCUCCAAGACAACCGAGGCACGACGCAAUACAUUGGACCGACGAGUUCCUAUUUCUUCAUGACCGAAGUCUGCAGCGCCGUGGGGGCCAAGCGGAGUCCCAACACCGAAGAGCUGUGUAAGACACUCAACGUGGUGAGCAGCAUUCCGCAAGAGACAGCAGUUGCAUUCACGCCCGCGAGCAGCAGCACCAUCGCUUCCGAACAGACAGGAUUUCCUACGCAACAAUUAGCCGGUAGAAGUCUUGACGUGGUUCUGCCGACAUCCUCCCAGACGAAUCGCACCGUGGACUGGUUCUUCGCCCAUGUCCAUGCCGAUUUCACCGUGUUCCAUGAACCGUCGUUUCGCGAGACCUACGAGGCCUGGCGCCAUUCGCCUUCCGACCUGGUCGAUCCGACCUGGAUGUGUUCGUUGCUUGGGAUGCUCCUGCUCACGGCGAAACCGCUAGGCAUGCCAGCCAGCCAGGAACAGGAGAUAUGGAUCAAAGCUCAGGAGCUGCUGACGCGGACUCUCCUGACGUCGAGUCUGCAGUCCGUCCAGGCGAUGAUGGUGCUGGCGCUGUACCUGCACAACUCGAAUCGGAGAGACGCCUGCUGGACGCUGACGGGGUCUGCGAUCCGCAUUGCCCUGGCCAUUGGGAUGCAUCAGAACGAUGUGCAAUGUACCACUACCAGCCAGACGCCGCUGUUGAGGACCCUACGAAAGAGAAUCUGGUGGACCCUAUAUGCGUUUGAACAGAUGCAGGUCUCUUCGCUCGGGCGCCCGUCUGCGCUGAGCGUCUUUGUCCCUGUCGCGGAUUCGUCGUCGGGCACAAUGAUGGGAAUAGGCGCCGACAUCCCGCCCGACUAUAUGACCUGGCAUAACAAGUUGGUCGUCUUGCUGGGGAAGGCAUGCCAGACGGCCAAGAACACAUCCCCUACAACGCCGAACGCGGGACCCUUGUCUCCUGCGGCCAGUCUGUUGAGAGAGCUGGACGAGUGGAAAAAGGCGUUGCCUCGACAUCUGCAGCCCGGCUCGGUCGAGUAUCUGCCGCCCUACUAUCAGAGACCGGUGAUCCUGCUUCACGUUCAGUAUUAUUACACCAUUUCUCUGGCGACGCGCUGGGCCUUGUUGAGCAGCGUGUCGCUGCUCAAGAACAUGGCCUCGGGCGCGGUGCCGCAGGGCUUGUCGGAUAUGGCUGAAGCGUGUGUGGAGGCAGGACACUCGUCUUGCGCUCUAUUACUCAAACUGGAUGCAAUGGGCCAUUUCAAUGUCUCUAUCUGGUGGGACGUCUUCUGGCUGUACUCGGCCGUUCUGACAGUCGCGUUUGGCAUCCAUCGCGAUUUCAUGCGGCAGAGCACCUAUAACCACCCUACGGCCCAGGCACUCCUGAGAGAUGCUUCUGCUGCGAUGCAGAUUCAUGUCCAAAAACCGGAAAUGCCGCCUACAAUGCAACGCUGGGCAAACAUCGUCAUCGACAUCUACUCAUCCACUUCACUCGCCGUGGUGAGCGAGAAAGAAGGAAUCGAAGAAGAUGAAAUUACGACCCAGUCGAGAGGCAUCUCUCAGCAGGCUGCCCAGUUGAGGUUUACACUGCCAGAAACCCAGGAGAGAUACGAUGGAGUAGCGUCCAGCGAACCUCUCCUGUUUGAUCCAGGAUCGAUAGACUUUGCAGAUGUUGGUCGGGCUUUUCAAGCUGCCAAUUGGGAAGAUAUCAGCGGCAUGCUUCUGAUCCCAGAUUAUGCCUUUCCUUGA